GCCUGUAGAAUAGAUGGUUAUGGGAUUUGCUGCAUUUAUAUUGGGAGUAAUUAUCUGUGUGGGCUGUGUGAAAUGUUGUCUUGAAGACGAAACAAAGUCUACUGUACAGCUAGUGAGUCAGCGACACAUUCAUCAGAAUGAAUGUAACUUACGGCAGCCUGUAUCAUUACAGGCCUCAUCUCCAAUUCCUACCAAUACAGCAAGGCCUACAUCACAUCCCUAUACAGCUACUGCACAACUAGUGAGUCAGCGACACAUUCAUCAGAAUGGAUGUAACUUACAGCAGCCUGUAUCAUCACGGGCCUCAUCUCCAAUUCCUACCAAUCCAGAAAGGCCUACAGCACGUCCCUGUCCAGGUGAGCCAAGAUUCAUAAUAGUUUCACUUACUCAUAAAUUGUGGGUCUCCAGUGGAGAAGACUCUGAACUGAGACAAUUACACCCUGAACAAAAAUGA